AAAGAACUAGAACAGAUAAGAAUUAUAUUUUUAAAGUUUACUAAAAGAAAAAAAAGUUUGCUGUUUCAGCUUUGGAAAAUCCUAACAGAUAAGAAAAUCUAUAUUGGGAAUUAUUAUUUUUUUCGUGUAUAAAUACUUGCAUUAAUUUUUCAACGCAUAGAUAUUUUCUUGUGCGUCACAAACCGAAACAAGAUGUUCACAUUGUUGGCGGUCCUCGCGUUGUUGGCCGCGUGCCAUGCAGCCCCCGCCUGUGACGGGUUCAACGUCAACAUCACAAUGACCCGAUGUUUGACCGACAACGGCUUCACGUACGACGACAUCAAAGGCCUGAUCCCAAACGACGCAGGAGCUAUCAGUUUCGACGAAAAUGACUACAGGUUACUGUGCACCAAGCGAAUGGAGUACCAGAAAGCUUCCGUGUGCAUUAUCGAUGAACUCAACCGCUGCCAGUCUGCAGGAGACAUUUCAAUCACGCCAAACAUUGACCAGUCCAUCAAGGUCAUGAACAUGAUGUGCGACGACCCAAACUUCAAGCUUGAAUGUGUCGUCCUUCUGACCAAAAACUCCACGGAGGUGCAAAAAUGUGUGUCCGAGAAUUAUGACGUCAUCGCCGAGAUGCGCACCAAAACCAUGCAGGAAGUCGUGUGUGAAAGUUCAAAGGUCGGGGUCAAGUGCGCUGUGGAUAUCAUCCGGAAGUGCGAUGAGCACACGGCAGACGUCGUGUUGGGCGCGUCGUACAUGUCACUUCCGGCCGUCUGCUCAAACAGCACAGCCAGUUAAAACGUUUGGUUCUGCUGCGCUUGAAAUAAAUGGCAUUGCGUAUGCGUUCUUGAACA